CGUGCAGGUUGUUCACGGCGCACCUUACCCCUAAGUGCAGGUACAAAACAGCUUGCGACCAUGGGACCCCACAGUGUGUGGGAUUUUUAUCGCCGACGGUCCCGCUCACAAGAGCUUACUAGUAAUUACAACCCAUGGCCCGACUUGCCGAGUACGUAGCCCUUUUGGUAGCGUACAGUAGGUACGGAGAAGCUCGCUCUGUCAAGCCGUCGCCUGCCGACGCGGGUUCGCCCUUGCAACGUUUUUGACCGGAGCACAAUGGGAUGGUGGUAAUCUUUGUCACCUGGCCGGGUCUUAAAAAGGUUUACCGGUAUCUACCCUGCCACACAAGUCAUGACAAACGAGUCGAUCCCAAACACCUCCGGUCAAGACACGCCGCCAGAUUAAUGCGUUUCCUAGUGCUCCGGCUACUGUACAUACAUACCUAACGGUAGUCUACCUUCUCAACCUAAUCUAAUUCGCACUUCCUUCCUCAUCGCCUCCCGCGGACCCUUGCGCGCCAUCUUUUCAUCCAAGCUCUUCUUGCUAGGUAUAAUCAAGACCCACGCGGAAAGCAGCGACCCAAGAAGAAACAAACAGCCUUUUUUCGUCACCAUGUCUUCAACACAUGCUACCCAGAACGGGUCGAAUUCCCAGACCGACGCUUCUACGCCAGACUACACCAAAACCCCUCCCGUCAUGUUGACCACAAUGGUGGAGAGCAAGUUCCUCUCGAGCCCAGAGGACCUGGGAGUCGUGGCCGUUGGAUUCUCUGGAGGCCAGUGCAAACCUGGUGUUGACGCCGCCCCCUCGGCUCUCAUCGACUCCGGCCUCCUCACGCAGCUCCACUCGGAACUCGGUUACCGCCUGCAUGGCCACACCCAGGUUCAUCUGUACGGAGACCUCGAGCCGGCAAACGACCCCCCGUAUCGAAACAUGAAGAAGCCGCUCGCCGUGUCAGCUGUGACGCGCCGGAUCGCAGAGCAGACGUACGAGCAGGCGAAAGAAGGCCGCAUGGUGCUCACCCUGGGUGGCGACCAUAGCAUCGCCAUCGGAACAAUCGGCGGGGUCGCCAAGGCCAUCAAGGAGCGGUUCCAGGGCCGGCGCGAGGUGGCCGUCAUUUGGGUGGAUGCGCACGCGGAUAUCAAUACGCCGGAAACUUCGGACAGCGGAAACAUCCACGGCAUGCCUGUGUCUUUCCUAACGGGAUUGGCAACGGAGGACAAGGACGAGUACUUUGGCUGGCUGAAGGAUGACAACCGCAUCAGCGUCAACAAGCUUGUUUACAUUGGUCUGCGGGACGUGGACCCGGGCGAAAAGAAGAUACUGCGCGAGAACAAGAUCAAGGCAUUUAGCAUGUUUGAUAUUGACAGGCACGGAAUCGGUCGCGUCAUGGAGAUGGCACUGGCGCAUAUCGGCACCGAUACACCCAUCCACCUCUCUUUCGACGUGGAUGCGCUCGACCCCAUGUGGGCUCCCAGCACGGGGACGCCGGUCCGUGGUGGCUUGACGCUGCGCGAGGGAGACUACAUUUGCGAAUGCGUACACGAGACGGGACAACUGGUUGCUAUGGACUUGGUCGAGGUGAACCCUAGCCUGUCGCCGAGCGAUGGAGACCCCGGGGCGCACGAGACAGUCAGGGCUGGAUGCAGCUUGGUGAGAUGCGCAUUGGGAGAGAGUUUGCUGUAAAUACACGGACUUGGCUUGUUGAGCAUACUAUAAUCGUUCGCCAUUGGUAAAAUCAACAUUCGGCACUACAUUAUUCAUAAUCGCAUGUG